CAGCUGACGUUGGAGUUACAAAACAUUGGAAAUUAGCAUUCCUGCAGCCUAAUGUACUUUCAAAGCAGACUCGCACGAACGUGUUGUCAACAGUGAUUUACGUGAUUGUUGUGACCGGAUUAUGCCAACCGAUGGAACCGGCUACGACCACAGCUCCCAUGCAGACCGACAGUCCGACUGAGUCAAAUUCAAUCUGCAACUGGUGGCCGUCUUGGCGUCCAACCUCGAUGUCCCUUUUGAAGACGACAGAGUCCAAGAUUCUCGCUUGUAUUCAGAAUGACCUAUGGGCCAGGUUUGUGACCCUAUCAAACCAGGACCGAAUAUGGACCCUGACUGUCACCAACAAGACAGUUCGCAAACCUGCAGAACAAGCACCUAAGACUCCUCUGGUGAUGGUCCACGGCUUUGGAGGAGGGGUAGGACUGUGGAUCAGGAACCUGGACGCCCUGAGCAGGUCGCGGCCCGUCUACGCCUUCGACCUGCUGGGGUUCGGCAGGAGCUCCAGGCCUGCUUUCCCCUCCGAUGCUGCCAAGGCUGAGGAGCAGUUCGUCGACUCCAUUGAGCAGUGGAGGCAGUCUGUAGGUCUGGAGAACAUGAUUCUGCUGGGACACAGUCUCGGAGGAUACCUGGCCACGUCCUACGCGAUCCAGUACCCUUCUAGAGUGUCGCACCUCAUCUUGGUGGACCCCUGGGGUUUCCCUGAGCGACCCAAGAGCCAAACCCAGACCCAGGAUGAUGAAGGUCAGGCGAAGAGGCAGUCCCCUCCCCGCUGGGUCAAAGCUAUUGCAUCAGUUGUUUCCCUCUUCAACCCGCUGGCUGUCAUCAGAGCAGCAGGUCCAUGGGGUCCGGGGCUGGUGAACAGAUUCCGUCCUGAUUUCAAGAGGAAAUUCGAAGAUCUUUUUGAAGAUGACACCAUGACGCAGUACAUCUACCACUGUAAUGCACAAACCCCGAGUGGAGAGGUGGGUUUCAGGGCCAUGGCCGAGUCCUUGGGCUGGGCCAAGAAGCCCAUGCUGGAGCGUGUUAGUCAGCUGCCCCCCUCCAUGCCCGUCACCAUGCUGUAUGGAGCGCAGUCCUGGGUGGACAGCUCAUCUGGGGACAGAGUGGAACAGAUCAGGGGCCAGGCCCACACCAGAGUGCUGCUGAUAAACGAAGCCUCCCACCACGUUUACGCCGAUCAGCCAGAAGAAUUCAACAGAGUGGUCAAUAAAAUAUGUAAAACCGUUAACUGACCGCGAUCGCGUGGGAGUCUCCAGGGACUGAAUUGUACAUAUCGACUCUUCAUCGCGGCGGUUUUGGCGCUGCGACCUUUGCAUGUGAAGCACGCUGGACGACGGGCGGGUCAAGAUACCAUGAAUGUUAUCACGUUCAGAAUCGUAUCUCGUAUAAUUUCUGUGUAUUUAGUAUUGAGAGUAAAUUUAUUUAUACACACGAUCGCGUUCAUUUGUUGAUAAAUGUCCACACGGAGCAAUAACCACUCAAUCCAGUGCUGAAUCAUGUUGCAUUGUUGUAUAUUUUUAAGCACAAGGUGUCACGUACAUCUCUGUGAUUGCACUGGGUUUGUUUAUUACGGAGCUACUGAAUCAUACUUAAACAUGUGCCUGACAUUAUGUUCUUUGAUCCCGGGUGUUUUUUUCCCCCCCACUGUAUCAAACAGCUGUCUGUAUUUUAUACCUUGAAGCCAAUUAUUAAAAGAUAUUUGUCAAAGUA